AAAGAGCACAUAAAAAGUGUAUUUUGUAGCUAGUGUCAUUAUUGUAUUUUGUUGUCAAGUUAUCUUGUUCAAGAGAACUCUUUGGCUAACAGGUUGCGGACCAUGAAUUAUCGAAGGCACUGUGCCCUCUAGUCAAUACAAGCCCGUUUGCUGUUAUAUGUAACACUGUUUGGGCAUUCUGAAAAUCAAGAUGGAUGGUGACUGUGGUUCAAAACCACACAAAUUGCCAUUACAAUACUUAAAAGAUAUCACAAAGAACUUCUCGCGAGUACUUGGGAAAGGUGGUUUCGGUGUGGUAUAUGAGGGCGUGCAACCGAAUGGGGAAAUAGUUGCUGUGAAGAAGCUUUUGAACCCAAUGUCACAAAAGCAAUUUGAGAAUGAGGUUGAUCUUCUGAUGAGACUUGAGCAUCCAAAUAUAGUACGAUUAGUAGGCUACUGCUAUGAAAUAGAAAACGAACACUUCCCUCUCAAUGGGAAAUACGUUUUUGCUGGGAAGGCAGAAAGUUUGCUUUGCCUGGAGUAUCUGCCUAAUGGAAGUCUUGACGAGUUUCUUUCAGAUUCAGAUAAAUCUUCUCGACUUGAUUGGCACACACGCUACAAAAUAAUUGAGGGGACCUGCAGUGGUUUACAGUACCUUCACGAGCAAACUGACGGGCCUAUCAUUCACUUAGAUCUAAAACCCGCUAACUUACUGCUCAAUGAUGCUUUGGAGCCCAAACUUGCAGACUUUGGUCUGUCACGUCUUCUUGAUCAACAAGGAACUGUGUGCACUAUGGAAGUUAACGGGACAUUAGGAUACAUGCCCCCAGAAUACCUACAAGGUAUACUCGGAACUAUGUCAGAUAUAUUCAGUCUGGGUGUAAUAAUCUUGGAGGUAGUAACAGGAGAAAGGAAGUACCCAGAUAAUAUUCCUCCUUUGGAGGAAUUCAUUGAGACUGAGCUUGAAAAAUGGAGAGAUACGCUGUAGAAAGCACCAGGGUAUACAUCCUUAGAGACAGAUUGCCUACAAAUAAGGAGAUGCAUUCAGGUAGGUCUAAAAUGCAUGAAUCCUUCACGGGCUAAAAGACCUACAAUCACUAAAGUCAUCAAGAUGCUUCAAGGAUUGGGAGGUAUGGAUUGCAAUGUUAGCAAUGAGGUAACGCCAACGGCAGCCCAGGUACAAUCACUUGACCGGCAACACAUGCUUUUUGCCUAAAAGUUUAAAACGUUACUCCGUAGUGGUAGACAGAGAGCCCAGUAUUAGGCAUAUACUCCCUCCGUCCCAAAAUAAGUGUCUUGAGCUUAGUACAAAUUUGUACUAGAGCUUGUACAAAGUUGAGACACUUAU